GGCGGCGCUCUCCGCGUUCCAGCAGACGUUUGUGGUGUCCGACGCCAGCCGCCCCGGCCACCCCAUCAUGUACGCCAGCGCCGGCUUCUUCAACAUGACCGGCUACACCUCCAAGGAGGUCGUCGGAAGGAACUGCCGCUUCCUCCAAGGAUCGGGCACCGACCCGGCGGAGAUUGCAAAGAUCAGGAAGGCUCUGGCAGACGGCUCAAACUACUGCGGCCGUGUCCUCAACUACAAGAAAGAUGGCACGGCAUUCUGGAACCUCCUGACCAUUGCUCCCAUCAAGGAUGAGGAAGGCAAUGUCCUCAAGUUCAUAGGGAUGCAAGUGGAAGUGAGUAAAUACACUGAAGGGAACAAGGAUACGGUUGUUCGUCCAAAUGGCCUGCCCGAGUCACUCAUCAAAUAUGAUGCUAGGCAGAAGGAUCAGGCCCGUAGCUCAGUUUCUGAGCUUCUGUUGGCCAUCAAGAAUCCACGUUCAUUGUCAGAAUCAAGUAAUAGCACCUUCAAAAGAAAAUCACAGGAAUCAGUUGGUGCGUUGUCGGGUGAUCGUCCUGGCAAGAGAAGCUCGGAAAGUGGAUCUCGACGUAACUCAAAAACUGGAGCAAGGAGCUCACUGCAAAAAAUCAGCGAAGUUCCUGAAAGAGGCAAUAAAGGUCGAAAAUCUGGUCUGUUUUCACUUAUGGGUUUACUUGGUAUGGGCCAGGGAAAUGUAGAAAAGAACAUGCUGAAACCAAGAGAUGAAGAUCCGCUGCUUGACAGUGACGAUGAAAGACCUGAGAGCUUUGACGAUGAGCUAAGGAAGAAAGAAAUGAGAAGGGGAAUGGACUUGGCUACUACACUUGAGCGUAUUGAGAAGAACUUUGUCAUUACUGACCCAAGAUUACCAGAUAAUCCUAUUAUAUUUGCGUCCGAUAGUUUCCUGCAGUUGACAGAAUAUUGCCGUGAAGAAAUUUUGGGGAGAAACUGCAGGUUUCUCCAAGGUCCUGAAACUGACCGCGCGACAGUGAGGAAAAUUAGAGAUGCCAUAGAUAACCAAACAGAGGUCACGGUUCAGCUGAUUAAUUAUACAAAGAGUGGUAAAAAGUUCUGGAACCUGUUUCACUUGCAGCCUAUGCGUGAUCAGAAGGGAGAUGUCCAGUACUUUAUUGGGGUUCAGUUGGAUGGAACUGAGCAUGUCCGAGAUGCUGCUGAGAGAGAAGGAGUCAUGCUGAUUAAGAAAACUGCAGAAAAUAUUGAUGAGGCUGCAAAAGAACUUCCAGAUGCUAAUUUGAGACCGGAGGAUUUGUGGGCCAACCACUCAAAAGUAGUUUUGCCAAAGCCACAUAUGAAGGAUUCUGCAUCAUGGAGAGCCAUCCAAAAAGUUCUUGAGGGUGGAGAAAACAUUGACUUGAAACAUUUCAGGCCUGUGAAACCUUUGGGAUCUGGUGACACUGGAAGUGUGCACUUGGUGGAGUUGUUAAACACAGGUGAAUACUUUGCCAUGAAAGCUAUGGAUAAAAGUGUCAUGCUUAACCGCAAUAAGGUCCAUAGAGCUACGGCCGAACGACAAAUCCUUGAUAUGUUGGACCAUCCAUUCCUUCCAACAUUAUAUGCAUCAUUUCAGACCAAGACACAUAUAUGUCUCAUUACAGACUACUACCCUGGUGGGGAGCUCUUUCUGCUCCUAGAUAGACAACCUCUAAAGGUUCUGCGGGAAGAUGCAGUCAGGUUCUAUGCUGCUGAAGUUGUCAUUGCACUCGAAUACUUGCAUUGCCAAGGUAUAAUCUACCGAGACUUAAAGCCGGAGAAUAUCUUACUUCAUAGAGAUGGACACAUCUCCUUGACAGACUUUGAUUUGUCUUGCCUGACAUCUUGCAGACCGCAGGUAUUUCUUCCAGAAGAAGCUAAUAAGAAAAGUAGGAGGAAAAGCAGGAGUUCACCCAUCUUUUUUGCUGAACCUAUGCGAGCAUCCAACUCAUUUGUUGGUACAGAGGAGUACAUUGCACCUGAGAUUAUUACUGGUGCUGGCCAUACAAGUGCUGUUGAUUGGUGGGCGCUAGGGAUUCUUCUCUAUGAAAUGCUGUAUGGUUACACACCCUUCAGAGGUAAAACCAGGCAAAGGACAUUCGCCAACAUCCUUCACAAAGACAUCAGAUUUCCGGCGAGUAUAUCGGUGAGCCUCCCAGCAAGGCAGCUGAUUUACAGGUUGCUACACCGUGACCCUACGAAUAGGUUGGGAUCGUAUGAGGGAUCAAAUGAGAUAAAAGAGCACCCCUUCUUCCGUGGCAUCAACUGGGCUCUUGUGCGCGGCACGGCUCCUCCAAAGUUGGAUGCUCCCCUGUUUCCGGAUGACACGGACAAGGGAAUGGGCGAUGCAACUGCUGCCGCUGCUGAUAAUCACACCGACAUGUUCUGAAUAAAGAAGCUGGCCUAGAUAAAGACGCAUCUGGGUCGAGCUCAAUCACGCAUGUUUCUUUGUUAUCGCUAUCUGCCGUUUAUGUUCGGGCGUACCUAGGGAGGUAGGAGAUGGAAUAACUAAGCUAGUUUGAGAUCGAUGUAGACUACUGGGGUCGCUGAAUGCAAUGUAAUAGUACUGCAUGUAUUUGGAUCAUAUUAAAAUAAUCAAUUACCGUAAGAUGCGUCUA